UUGGGAUACUUGAGGUCAGAUUUGAUAUGUGUCAUACAUGAAAGGAGAAGACUUCAUAGUUGAUGGACGAUUAUAUUUGUCAAUUUGUGUGCAGGGUAUUCUGGUUAGACUUGCAGAGAAACGAUUUAUUUGAAAGUUCUAAGUUUGGAUAGCAUUGGCCCAUUAGUGAUAAUGGAAACUUUCACCUGUGUAGGAGUUAAUACUUAUUUCAAGAUUUCUCUGCCAAUAUUGAAUGACAAACCUUAGAAGCCAUUUGCAUCAUAGGCGACAAUGCAGGAGCCUGUCACCCUGGGAACACCUUACCAGGCCAGCCCAUGGAAUGUCAGACUCUCGACGAUGAAAUACCCUUGCCUGCUAAGGAACAUGCCUCAUAUCUGAUUCAGUCCACACCAAAAGGAUUAUCUGGAAUUCUUGCGAGUCUGCCCGCUGGCUGAGUCUAAUCACAUAUUCCUCACUCCUUCAUGCCAACGUCAAGGAUAUUAGCAGCAGGUCGAGUCUCGGAUAAGAUCCAACGGGGACGACUAAUAUACAAAUCAUGGCAUCUCGAAAUACAAAGGACUUGGUUCUCUAGAUAACAAGGAAGGAAAGGAGUGGUUCCGAGUCCACAUUUGCUUCUUCGGAAUUGCUGAAUCCGGGUUAUCUUCAAAGCUAUCAUCCAGGAAGAUAAUUGACAUUGGAGAAUACAUUUUUUUAUGAUCACGAAGUCAGGGAAAGUAUCAGGGAGAAAUUUCAUAUAUCAGGAUCAGAAUCCGGAGGUAACGUUUCUCAAUUUGACACGAUCGGAUCGGUUUUCGAUCAGGUGGGAGAAGAUCAUGCGCCAAAUUAUAACGGAAAGAAUAUUUGUCAUUUCACCCGGAACUUUGGAUUACGCUUGCUUUUCAUUCGUUUCGUUAGCGGAUUACGACCCCCACACACGUCAGGGCGUAUCGGUACCAAGUAAGCCGAUAUCAAUAGAGCUCAGGUUACUUCAAUAGCGGAUGUUUUUUUGGAUAAUAUUCAGUUCAGCGCUAGCUGUUCAGAUCAUUAUCAAAAGGCUUGACUGAGGAUUGGAAUUGCUAAUCAGAGGCAAAAACGAUAAUAUCGGGUGACAAUUUUUCAUUUUGUUAUUUUGAGAGGUGUGAUCACAUAGAACUGUGUCGUAUAACUUCUCAGUUUCACAUUUUGCGCUGAGUCACAGAUACAGCUUAAAUGGAUAUUUUUGUAUUCAUACCAGCAAAUGUUCAAUUUGAAUCUGCCGUUUGAGUAAUAUCAUUAUAUUCAAUCAAUUGAAUCUAAUCACUCAAUUCAAAUGCGCCUACACCCUAUGAAAUAAAAAACAUUGACAAUAUCAGAGAACUUCAAAAUCAAAAUUCUGUGAAUCAACUUGUGGAUGAGAUCUAAUCAAAACUACAAAAUAUCUUCAAAUAGCAGAAUUGAAUUUGUCAUAAACAAACCAGAUUACAUCAAAAGACUGAACAGACAAGAAUGAUAUGACAAUAUUGAUAGGAUAGUACGAGAUAUCAUGAAUGUCUAAACUUGGGAAAAUCAAUUAUAGAUCUAAGAGUUUGAUAGGAUGCGUAAAAAAUAAUUUGGAAAAAUUCUUUGUCGAUAUCAGUUGUAACAGGGAAAUUGUCAAUGAAAAUAUAAUCAAAGGCGUGAAUAUCAUAAUUGACGUGGACCUUUUCAUCAAAUACUGAGGUGGAGGCAGUAAUAUCUUUAGAAAUGAACAUUUUCGGGUUUGAAAGGAUACUGAUGAGAUAAUUUGUAACCAGAAAAUUUCGUUCACAGUUUUGAUCAAAAUCUUCGGAGAAAAAAAGGAAAUCGAUCAAGUUUGAAAAGGGAACGAUAAAUAAUUCACCGGGAACUGACAACGUACAAUUUCAUUAACAACUUACGGACAGGAAAUCAAUUCGACGCUCUGCAUCUCCUCAAAGGAACAAAUAACAACAUUCUUAUCUCCUUUUAAUGAAGAGCGCUCGGGCCGAUUGAAAUAAACGAGAUUACGACAAACCGAUGGAAAGUGUUGAUUGGGUUUGUUCGCGACUGGUUGGAGAUGGUGGGAAGCGAAGUGAACUUUCCAACUUCAUGAUUAACGAUGAUUCACAUUAAACGAGAAGAGAUGAGGUCGUAUAAGACGUACAUCUUUUUGAUUUUUUUAGUCUAUUUGACGCUGAUUAUUUUAUUCCAUACAGAAUUACAACGGAAUUCAAAGUCGCCUAGUAGCAUACUUCAGAAUUUGGAACUGCGGAGUACGUUUAAAGCAACUAAGGAUAAAUAUGAUUCUGAGACAGACAAGAAACCGGCAUCUAGCGAUGUGAAAAAAGUUAGCAAGUCACGAAGUAUUGUUUUAGAGCGUCCGAUACGCGAUGCUGGACUGACAGUUUCCACGACGCUUAAAGCAAAACAAACACGGUCGCAAACACACGUAAAACAUCUCCACAAAUAUUCCAGUAACGAUACCUUCAAGGUGCCGUUCAAACUAGAAUGCAAACAAUCGCAUAGGAAAAUCAAGGAAUUAAUGUUUCAGCCCCUCGGGCAGCACUAUAUCUAUUCCGCGUAUUACGAUGAUAGAAAAGAGCGGCCAUUUAUACGCAUAAUGACGUUAUUCAGCCGCGACAAGAGACAACCGCUAUAUUGUAUAUUUGAAAACAACGGCACACCGUCCAAGGAAUUUUUUGCAUCGAAUGUGAUAUUUUACGAGAUGUGUGAAAAUCAUGGCAGACCGUACGGCGGUUGGAUACUUUCAUGUGAAGUUCCGCCAGAGGUGACAAAUUACCCGUGCCAAAUUCGUGUGUCAUACGAGCGAAAACCACACACCGGUAUAAUUGUACCGGUGCUAGCAUCAAAUAACUUGCAAAAGACGCCAAAGAAGGACUUUGGUAUGUGUAUUCCACCACUGUUCGGGUACAUAAAGCCAGAGUUACUGAUUCAGUUUAUAGAAAUAUCAUUACUAUUAGGUGCUAAACAUUUGAAUUUCUACACAUUCCAAGUCCAUAAAGAUAUCGAAAAGAUCUUACAGUACUAUAUCGACGAAGGCGUUGUGACAAGGACAAAUUGGAAAUUGCCAAUUUCUGCAGCGAACGUCUGGUAUAACGGGCAGCUAAUCACGAUCAACGACUGCCUGUAUCGCAAUAUGUAUCACUUCAAAUACAUCGCAUUUAACGAUAUCGACGAAUUCAUCGUACCGCACGCAUUCCAGAAUUGGCAGGGUCUGAUUCAUCACAUGGAAAAAGACACCAAGAAUAAAAACAUUUCUGGAUUCUCAUUCCCGUCGGCUUUUUUCAACAUCGAGCUCCGCGAUCAUCGUGAACAGGAUUUAUUUUUUGUGAUCGAGACACAACGGACGCAAAUAUUUAGCCAGGUGCGGACCAAAGUCAUGGUGCAUCCGCCCAACAUAUUCGAGUUGGGCAUUCAUCAUAUUUCCCGCCCAAUGCCCGACCACCUUCAGCCAUUCCGUAUGGACCCUGCCAAAGCUUUCCUGCAUCAUUAUCGCAAGUGCAUCACGGAUUUCGACCCGCGCAUGCGCUGCAACCAGCUCAUACCAGACGCCAGUCUCCUGACGCACGAACAGACAAUAAAAGACCGAAGCGACGCUGUGAUGUGGGCGGUGUUCGGCCCGAAGACUACAGUGCUGCCACCUACCAGGAACCAUAGGAAACAGAAAGUGAAAUUGGCCAAGCCUGCACACCCAACGUUGUGAUUUUCAGGGAAUUUCAAAAAUAAUACUCUUUGAGGGAAUGAGUUUACAAUCCCUGAUCACGGCCCAAAAAAGGUCAUCAAUUGACGAAAUAAGUACCACUGUUCAAUGGAUUUAUAGUUGAAUGCGAUCAAAGUGUCAUUUACGAUCAGGGAUUGUGAAUUUUAACCCUUUCUGAGUAACACACUGAGGAAAUCUCUUCAGGCAUGAAGAAAACCAGGCUUAUUUUCAACUGUGUCAUCAACAAGGUCUCAGUCUCUAAAGAUGUACAAAUAGACAGCAUGUCUCGAAAAAGCGUCCUGCUACAGAAUUCGCCAAAUCAAUUGUUCAAAUAUUCAUUUUUUCUGUAAAAUCAUCUAACAUCCUUUUACAUCAUGCACAAUGCUAGUUUCAGUGUUGUAUACAUGUGAUAGGUGAAAGUGUUUUUAUUGCCUUUAGAAAACUGACAAUUAGGACCCUAAUUAGCAAUUAUCAACCUGACUACAAUGCUGGCAAAAUCAACCAAAACUGCAUUAACCUUUGUUCAAGGCCAAGUGUUUAAGACUAGUUUGUUGUCACUGUGCUGGAAUGACCAGAAUUUGAGUAUAGAAGGCAUGUGAACUUUACCUGUUAUAAUACAUAUUUGUCAAUAUGUACUUGAUGCAAA